UCAUUUCUUCUGCUGUCAGCGAUGGCUUCUGCUGAUCUGAGAGAUGAGCUGGACUGUUCCAUCUGUCUGAGCACUUAUACAGAUCCUGUAAACCUGAGAUGUGGACACAACUUCUGCCGGGUCUGUAUUGUUUGUGCAUUGGAUACACAGGACGGAUCUGGAGGUUAUUCCUGUCCGGAGCGCAGAGCAGUUUUUCAGCAUCGGCCUGUACUGCACAGGAACAUAACACUGCGUAACAUAGCGGAGACUUUCCGAUCUACUCAUCCAGAUCAGGAGAGGAAGGUAACUGGGAUCUUCUGUACUUACUGUAUUCACUCUCCUGUACCUGCUGUUAAGUCUUGUCUGCAUUGUGAAGCUUCUCUGUGUGAUGAUCACCUGAGAGUCCACAGCAAGGCACCAGAACACGUCUUAACUGAACCCACCACUUCCAUGGAGAAGAGAAAAUGCUCCGUCCAUAGAGAACUACUUAAAUAUUACUGCACUGCAGAUGCUGCCUGUAUCUGUGUGUCCUGCAGUUUGGCUGGAGAACACCAGGGACACAAGGUGGAGACUCUGGAUGAGGCCUCUGAGAAGAAGAAACCGAAAUUUAGAAAUUAUCUUCAGAAACUGAUCACGGAGAGAGAGGAGACUGAGAAAAGAGUCCAGAGUCUGCAGGAACGCAGGAGAAAAGUACAAGAAAAAUCAGCCGGUGUAACAGAGAGAGUCACUGCCCUGUUCAGAGACCUCAGGAGACAUCCGGAAGACCUGGAGAAGAGAGUCCUGAGGGAGAUCUCCAGGCAGGAAGAGCGGCUCUCACAUCCAUUGUCUGACCUGAUCCAGAAGCUGGAAAUAAAGAAGGCCGAGCUGUCCAGGAAGAUGGAUCACAUUGAGGAGAUGUGUAACAUGACUGACCCACUGACUGUCUUACAGGAAUCAGACACAGGGGACUUGUGUGAUACUGAGGAGGGAGAUGAUGAGGACAGGUGUGAUACUGAGGAGGGAGAUGAUGAGGACAGAGAGAGACAUGAUGAACUCCUCCAUGAUGGAGGGGAUCUGGAUGUGGCUGGAAUCUCACACACAUUACACUCGGGGUUAUCUGAUAUAAUGAAAGGGGUAAAUGUCUGCUUCAAUAUACAGGAAGCUUCAGAUAUAGUACUGGAUGUAAACACAGCUCAAAUUAACCUACAGAUCUCAGAGGACAUGAAAACUGUAUUCUGGUCAGGUACAAAGUGGAAUCGUCCAGAAACACCAGAGAGAUUUCAGAAUUAUUUUCAGGUAUUAAGCAGCGGGAGAUUUUUCUCAGGGCGACAUUACUGGGAAGUGGAUGUCAGGAAAGCAAACCUCUGGAGAGUCGGGAUGUGUUAUCCCAGUAUGGACAGGAGAGGAGACCAGUCAGGAAUUGGACAUAAUAAGAAGUCAUGGGCCUUGUGCAAGUCUAACAAUGAGUGUAUAGUAAUACAUGACAGAAAUCAAAUCCGGCUAUCUGACAAUAUCUCCAGUAACAGAGUCAGGAUCUAUCUGGAUUAUGAGGCCGGACAGCUGUCCUUCUAUGAUCUGUGUGACCCGAUCCGACACUUACACACCUUCACCACCACCUUCACUGAGCUCCUUCAUGCUGGAUUAUGGGUUGGGGUCGGUGGACGUAUAAAGAUAUCUGGGAGGAAACGGGAGAUGUGA